CUUCUAGAUUAGAUCGUGCAGUGUGUCAAUCCAAAACUGCAAAAUAAGCACGUAGAUAUCACUCUCCUAUAACUGAGCUGCUUUACCAAGAUAUCUGGACCGUUAGUUCUUCCCGCAGCAGCACAUCCUUUCCAUUUACUUUUUUACACAUCCAAGAGCACAGGUGGUUGAGUUUUGGUGAUUAUCUAACCUGAGAAUUGUUGAAAUGACUAGCUUAUCACUAGUAGCUGCAUAUUGUGGAAGAGAAGAUGGGAUUUUAGUUGAAUUUGGUUCAAAUAAAGAAAUUUUAGCUUCUGGUUUGCUUAGAAGUAGUUUAAGAAGGGUAAAUGGUUACAAAAGGACGGGAAUUGGGAGGGGAUUACGUGUGAUUGCAAAAGUAAAGAAAUGGAAGAAGCACGAUUAUCCUUGGCCAGAUGAUAUUGAUCCUAAUAUUGACACUGGACAUUUGUCUUACCUUUCCCAUUUCAAACCCCUUGCUGAGAAACCAAAACCAGUUACCCUUCCUUUUGAGAAGCCAUUGAUGGAUCUGGAGAAGAGAAUUAUUGAGGUACGUAGAAUGGCUGAUGAGACUGGCCUAGAUUUUAGUGAUCAAAUUGGGGCUCUAGAAAGCAAGUAUCAACAGGCUCUGAAAGAUUUGUAUACACAUUUGACACCCAUUCAACGCCUAACUAUUGCUAGACAUCCCAACCGACCAACAGUCCUUGAUCAUAUAUUCAAUAUCACAGAGAAGUGGGUGGAACUUCAUGGAGACCGCGCAGGUUAUGAUGAUCCAGCUAUUGUGACCGGUAUCGGAACUAUAGAUGGUAAAAGCUAUAUGUUCAUAGGUCACCAGAAAGGUCGGAACACCAAGGAAAAUAUUGCUCGUAACUUUGCAAUGCCAACUCCUCAUGGCUACCGGAAGGCCUUACGAAUGAUGAAAUAUGCUGAUCAUCAUGGCUUUCCCAUUAUUACCUUUGUUGAUACUCCUGGGGCCUUUGCUGAUCUGAAAUCGGAGGAACUUGGUCAGGGUGAAGCAAUAGCCCAUAAUCUGAGGACAAUGUUUGGCCUGAAAGUGCCCAUUAUUACAGUUGUAACUGGAGAAGGCGGUUCAGGUGGAGCUCUUGCUAUUGCUUGUGCCAAUAAACUUUUUAUGCUGGAAAAUUCUGCUUUCUAUGUUGCAAGCCCUGAAGCAUGUGCUGCAAUACUGUGGAAGUCUUCCCAAGCCGCUCCAAAGGCAGCUGAGAAACUAAGGAUAACAGCUCAAGAGCAUUACAGACUCAAAAUUGCAGAUGGCAUCAUUGCUGAGCCCCUUGGGGGUGCACAUGCAGAUCCUUCAUGGACUUCCCAGCAAAUUAAGAUUACAAUUAUCGAAACCAUGAAAGAACUAGGAAAUAUGGAUAAGGAGGAGUUGCUCCAUCACCGGAUGCUCAAGUUUAGGUAUAUCGGAGGCUUCCAAGAAGGCGUUCCAGUGGAGCCAGAGAGGAAACGCAACAUGAAACCAUCCGACGGCAGCAAACCAAAGACAGCUGAUAUAGAGGUGGAGCUUGAAAAUUUAAAAAGGCAGAUUUUAGAAUCCAAAAGACCAGUUAAUACAAUUUCAAGUGAAGCAAUUGAGAAGCUCAAGCAAGAUGUAGACCAAGAGAUAACCAAUGCAUUCAUUUCAAUGGGAUUACAGGAAAAGCUUGAAUUAGUCAAGUUGGAGUUAUCUAAAGCCCCAAAUCGUCCACCAAACCAGCCCCUCAACCGUAACUUGAAGGAGAAGGUAGACAAAAUUAUGGAAGAUUUUAAGCUUAAUUUGUCAAGACCAGGAGCUUACCUUGCGCUAAAGCAUAAGCUCCAAAAAUUAAACGCUGUGCAUAGGCUCAUGGAGCUUAAAGACAGGAGUGAGAAACUAAAAGCAGAGAUUAACCAAAAAGUUCCAGAGGAGGUAAAAGCAAAAAUGAAAAUUAUAAGGGACACUGAAGAAAAGUUGUCCAAGGGGGAUGUACUAAAUAAGGAUUUAGUGGAGGAAGUAGAAAGAGCUAACAAGGAGCUGCUGAAGGUUCUAGAGUCAUCUGGCUUGCAGGUUAUUGGGGUCACCAAGAGAAAUAUAGCAACACCACCUCCUGCUCUGCGACAGAAAAUAGAGAGCAUUAACAAAGAUAUCUCACAGGAGAUUGAAAGAGUAAUAGAUGUAGCAGGUCUUAACGGCAAAGUUGAGGAGUUGAAAUCAGAGAUAACAAAAGGAUCAAGUUCAGAAAAAGUAGAGAAAUUGGAAUCUGAGAUCAAGGAAAAGAUUCUUUCUGCUCUAGAUGCCAUGGCAUUGAAGGAGAAGUUUGAGAAUAUAAGAGAGGAGUUGGUGUCCGCCUUAGAAACAACCGAAGAUAAGGUUGGUACUGAAAACGGUAGAUUGUGACAUGUAAUUUAUUCCUUUACAGGGUAUAUAGAAAGGUCUCUCUCUUUUCUCUUUUUUCUCUUUAAGAAAGCGAGCUAUUGUAAGUUAUGAUUGCAUGUUCUUAGACAUGAUGGUCAGUAUUCUAGUAUUCUUUUGUAACUGUGAUUGUUUAUGGCAACUGAUUCCAGGGUGUUUAAAAUCAGCCUCA